UGAAAUUUUGUCACCGCCACUCAGUCAGUCGAUAUAUUGUCUUUGAGACCGAAGCACAUAAUUUGCUUUCCAGAUUUAUUACCCACGUGGAUAAUCUAUUCGAUUACUUUUACUUGUUUAAAAAUAUUUCUUUUUUUAGUACAUAAAUUUUCAAUAACUUCGAUUCAUCGACAGUGCAGUUUGAAUACAAUUGGCUUUGAUUACUCAUUUAUUUUUCUUGUGUUUUUACCUCAUUAAACUGUUUCAAAUUUGUUAAUGGUAUACCUUCUUAUCGAAGGAAAAAAUUAUCACGGCAAGUUCUCGUCCUUGGAAAUAGGCGAUAUAUGAGAAUUUUCCAAAAGUAAUCUACUUCGAUGAAAUGCGACACCGAAUCUUAAUAUUCGGAAACUCCAAGUUCAGAGGGUUUGGUCUUAGUCUAAUUAUCUUAUCAUAUGCAUUAUAUUUUUUCAAUCCCGUGGAAGUCAUUAAAUCAGCUAAAUUGACAUUUGUAGAAGGGUCGUUUCUAUAUCAAUUGUGGCAGAAACCACCGGUAAAACUCUACAUUAAUGUUUAUAUGUUCAACAUAACCAAUUCGGAACGGUUUCUGUCUGGUGAAGAUGAAAAAAUUCAUGUCGAGGAAGUGGGCCCGUACGUUUACUGGGAAGAGUUGGUUCAUGAAAACAUAACGUUCAACGACAACGGUACAAUAUCAUAUAUACCUAGAAGGAAAAUGCAUUUUGAUCAUGAAUUGUCAAUAAGUAAUCCAGAAGUAGACCACUUAUUCGUUCCUAAUUUGCCCUUAUUGGGAUUUUCUUCACUUCUGAAGGACUCGCCGAUGGUAGUCAACAUGUUUUUUGAAUCAUUAGUCGAAUACUUGGACUCAAAACCAAUAUUAAACUUAACUGCACACGACUUUCUAUGGGGUUAUGAUGAUAAGUUAGUAAGUCUGGCCAGUAAAAUGUUGCCUAGUUGGAUAGACUUUACAAGAUUCGGAAUGUUAGAACGAAUGUUAAAUGAAGGCACAAACGUUGUUACUAUGAAUUUACCAUCUGAUGAUGAAAAUAGACGUCCUUAUACUAUUGAUGAGUUUAACGGUUCGCUAAACCUUUCUCAGUGGAUAGAUAAAAAACAUCCAGAUGAACCAAACCAUUGUAAUUUGGAAAAGGCAACAGAAGGAGUUGUAUACCCAAGGCAUAUAACGCCAGAUAUGAAUUUUCCGCUAUAUCGCAAAGCGUUUUGCAGGACAUUACUAUUGGAAUUCUCUUCGGUUGGAGAUACAGAUGACGGGUAUGAGGUGAAUUAUUAUAAGUUUUCACAUAAGGCUUUCAAUUCCAGUAUGGAAAACAAUAGUUGCUAUUGUAAAAAUGGCGAGUGUUUGCCAGCCGGUCUGUCGGACUUGUCUCCAUGUUAUUAUAAUAUUCCGGUAGCCGUUUCGUUUCCUCAUUUCUAUGACGGAGAUCCAUCUUUAGUGGGCAAAAUAGACGGCAUUUCCCCCGAACGGGAGAAACACGAAUCCGUGAUGGCCAUACAACCGGACAUUGGUAUUCCAUUGAUGAUAAAUACGAGACUUCAGCUGAAUUUAGUAGUCAAUACAAAGGAACGCAAUAACCGGGCGAGGAAAUUUGACGGGUUGACAUUGCCAGUGUUCUGGGUACACUUGGAGGUCAAGAAGUUACCGGAAUCCCUAGUUAACUUGUUAUUUUUGUGUUUUUGCUUGGGCCCACUUCUAUUAAAGAUGGUCAUACUGUUAUUGGCAUUAGUUGGGAUUACACUGAUUAUUUUGCCUUCGGUACGGUCAUCAGUUGGUAAAAACAAAGGCGUAACGUGGUCAAUCUGUUGUUCUCGUCGUUAUGAUCGUAACCUUGGCCAUCAAAAAGGUGACCGAGGUGACUGCAAAGGCCAAUGUGGUGCAAAUUGUAUGUUGGUUUCUGAUGGAGAUGAUAUUGUCAAAGGUUGUGAGAUAGUCAACACUGUUGUGAUCACUGAAAAGAAGAAGUCUGCUAAUAACAGGGCUUAUUCUCCACUGACGGUUAUUGUUCCUAAACCAUUCUUCAAGCCAAACUAUGAUGACACUAGAGGUCGAUGAAGACAGUGCUGCCAUUAAUUCAUGUCUUCAUUAUCAUCAACAAUAUCAUAACUGUAACAUCAUACUUUAUUCUAUUACAAUUUAAUAUAUAAUUUUUUUUUACUUAAUUUUCUCUAAGUGGAUUUCAAUAAACAACUGUGAUACUGAUAUUUCUAUAUAAUAUUUGAAGCACAUUAUAAAUAACUUUUAUAUACCUGUAGCUAAUUUUUUAUUGUAUACACCGCUCAAGUUUUAAUAACUUUAUUAUAACUUCGUAGC